UACUGUACAAUCUCUCUCUACCCUCUCACUCUCUACUAAAAGUCUAAAAUAGUUAGCUCCAAUCUCACGAAGUGGGUUCUGGUAUCUUCUACAUUGUUGUUCUUCGUAUAUUCCCCUUACGGAAGCUUGUGUUAAAUCAAAUCAUCCAUGGCAAUAACUGCUGCAACCAGUGUCUCUAACAGUUCCUUGGUUACUGAGAGUACACAGAUGAGUAAAUUAGGAGGUGGAGAUCAUAACCGUGCAUUUGCUAAGUCACCACGACAUAUAAACUUUCAAGGCUCAUUCCAUGAUGGUGAUCAGCUAGGAAGAAGAAGAAGAAGACAAAGCAGUGGACACUCAUUCUUAAAGUUUUCUAAAACCACCUUAUGGCAUGUAUGUGGGAAGCCUAGGAUUUCGUUCUUUUCACGAUUGCCAACUAUAAUAUGUCGCCAGAACACCACCGAAAAACAAGAAUGUACAAGAAGUUAUAGCGAUUCAAAUCCAGACUCGAAAAGAGCACAAGAUUCCGAUGUCUUUAGAUUAGAAGAUGCAUGCCAAUUUAUCUACAAUGACGCCAAGUUUGUAAACGAAAGGGCUCGGAGUGAUAUUUUCUUGCUUUCUCGGAGUAUAAUGAGUAUGGAUGAACGGGCGCGUCAAGAUGUUGCCAUAAUUGGGUCAGGGUUUCUCAAGCUCGACGCUCGUGCGAGAAAGGAUACUGAGAAAAUCGACACCAAUGUGAAGAGAAAAGCUGAAUUUCUUCAUCAUAUCGCGAUGAUCUUGAAAGAGAAAGCAGAGUCCAGAUUGAAGAAAGCUGCUGACAAACACUGGAGUGAUGGAGCAUUGGAGGCUGACUUGAGACGAGCAGACUUCUUUGCCAAACAACGUGCUUUGGAAGAUGCACUGACAGCAUUAGAGUUUGUGAAGAACAUCCAUGAUAUGAUGGUGACAGAGAUGUACAAGUUGAAAAGGGAUUCAUCUUCAUCAUCAUCAGAGAGCAUUCAAGGACAUAUAACUAUUGAAAAGAAUGGAAAAACACACGAUUUCUUUCCUGGAGAAGUUUCAUCUGAUCGGAUAAGUGCUAUUCAGGAAGCUUACUUGAGCAUGGCAUCUGCCUUUUAUGAAGCUGAUGGAAUUGACUACACUGAUCCAGAAGAGCUUGAAUUACUAGUUGCAACACUGAUUGAUCUGGACGCCAUGGAUGGAAAGAGCAGUGUGUCUCUACUGGCUGAAUGUUCAAGCUCUCCUGAUGUAAAUACCAGAAAGGCGUUGGCUAAUGCUUUGGCAACAGCACCCUCUAUGUGGACUCUUGGAAACGCUGGCAUGGGAGCAUUGCAGAGAUUAGCUGAAGAUAGCAAUCCAUCGAUUGCUGGAGCAGCGUCGAGAGCAAUUAGUGAAUUGGAGAAACAAUGGGAAAUAGAAGAGGGUGAUAGCUGGAGGUUCAUGAUGAACCAGGAGGAGCUGGGAAAGGACUUAGAUAGUGACCAAGAACGAACAUGAUCCGCUGGCUAUAUUCGGAAACUUUGUAGAUAGCAGAAAAGCUUGCCCUAUAUAAUUGACUAUACUACCAGUGAAAAAAUAAGCUCCACUAAUCAUACAAGUAAUUAAAAUGAAUGUAACUUUUGCUUCUUUUCUUUUUAAUCUCAGUAAUGAAUUGGUUUUCAUCC